AGGACACGCCCCACUUCCUUCUUUCUCCACGACUACAACCACAUACACCACAUGCUCGACGUUUUCACGGCGGUCUUCGUGGCCAUCGCCACGCUGAUCCCACUGGGACUGAUAUUCGCGGUGUCGAUGCCCUUCAUCGGCACACUGGUCCGCUACUGGGGGAACUACACGCCGAAACAGGGUGGUGUUCGGCUCGAGGGCGAAGCAACGCCGCCGCCAGCAGAGAAUGACGUUGGUUACUUCGGAAUGAUGAAGCGCGUACAUCGUAUUGAAGGCUGGGCUGGGCUUUAUAAGGGAAUCAUGCCGUCUCUACUUUCGAUGCUCGUGGCUAUGGUCGUAUUGACCCCCGUCUUCGCGCUCGUCGCUGUGGGGUCCACGAUCCUCCCCAAUGGACGGAUAUACGUCCCACCCUCUCGAGCUCAUCAGGAACUACUUGUCCCCCUCAUCGCUCAUGCUCUCUCCGCCAUUCCCGUCCUUCUCCUCGUCCCCCUCGAGAUUGUGACCAAUCGCGCCAUUACAACGCCGCACACCCUCUCUUCCUUCGCUCCUGGCCCGGCACUCAAGGCGCUGCUCUCCCCCGCCGAGCAGGCCGCGCCACUGAAACUAUACCUCGCCCCAGGCGUCGCACUCUCCGCUGUUCUCCCCGGCCUCGUAAUCCCGACGCUCGACAUCACGUGGCAGCUAAUCGCGCCACGCCUCCCGAACGCGCUACUCGUCCUCGUCGGCCUCCCGCUCGUACUCCUUGGCACGCUGGUGCUGAACCCGCUGCACGUGCUUAAUACGAAGCUCACGCUGCAACGCCGGGGCGGGAGCGAGGCGGUCGCGCUGCCCGGCGAUGAGGUGCUGCGCUUCCGCGAGGACGCAGAUGAGCCGCCGUAUGAGGGGUUGGUAGACUGCGCGAGGUGUGUUGUUAGGGAGGAGGGCUGGCGCGUGCUCCUUCGUGCGUGGUGGCUCACGGCGCUUGGAUUGGGGCUGCAGUUGGUUUCGCAGACGUUCGUGAUUUUGCGGCAGUAG